AUUAUUAAUCACCAUUAUACCACAAACUACUUUCUUCAUUUACCACUGAAAAUGGCAACUCAUGCUUUGCUUGGAAUUCUGAUUGGAAACUUGAACACUUUUGUCCAGAAUGAGAUUGCAGCACUUUCUGGUGUUGACUCGCAGAUCCAAGACCUGUCUGAAAAUCUCAGUGCAAUCCGUGCGUUAUUCCAAGAUGCGGCAGAGGACCAAUUUACAAGCCAUGUCAUGAAGGACUGGCUGAAUAAGCUUUCGGAUGCUGCGCAUGUGUUGGAAGAUAUCUUGGAAGAUUGUUCAACGGAAUCCAACCGUCUUCAAAGUGAAGGGUGGUCAGCCCGCCUCCAUCCCAAGACUAUUUUGUUUCGUCAUGCUAUCAGCAAGAGGAUGAAAGACAUGGUCAAGAGGUUCCAGCGUAUUGAUGAUGAUAGGAGAAGGUUUCAGCUGCCUCUGGGAGUCAGACAGAGGCAACAAGAAGAUGAUGAUCUGCGACAAACUACUUCUGCCAUCACUGAUCAGCACCAGAUGUAUGGAAGAGAUGAAGAAAAAGACAAGAUUGUAGGCUUUCUCACAGAGCAUGCCAGUAGCACUGAUGGCCUCUCUGUGUAUCCUGUUGUUGGUAUGGGAGGUCUUGGCAAAACAACACUUGCUCGAUGGGUCUUCAAUGACGACAGGGUGAAACAACAUUUUGAUUUGAGAAUUUGGGUCUGUGUUUCUACAAACUUCAACAUGAUGAGAAUUCUACAGUCCAUUGUAGAAUCCUCCACCGGAGUGAACCCAAACCUCUCCACUUUAGAAGCAAUGCAAAACAAAGUUCAACAAGUGUUACUGGACAAAAGGUGGUUGCUUGUUCUAGACGAUGUGUGGGAGAAUGACAAAUGGGAGGACUUGAAGUCUGUGCUGAAUUCUAGAGGUUGUGAAACCAAAGGUGUUUCAAUUUUGGUCACAACACGUGAUCAGACUGUUGCAUCUGCCAUGGAAACAUGCCCUACUCAAUCUCAUCACUUACAGCCAUUACCUAAGGAUGACAAUUGGUCAUUGUUCACACACUAUGCAUUUGAUCCAAACAAGGAGCAGCCUGCAAAGCUGGUGGAGAUUGGUAAGGAAAUCGUCAGAAGAUGUGUGGGUAAUCCCCUUGCAUCCAAAGUUGUUGGAAGCCUUUUGCGUAAUAAAAGAGAGGAAAAACAAUGGCUCGAUGUGUUGGAAAGUAAGUUUUGGGACAUUGAUGCUGUCAUGGGUGCUUUGAGACUAAGUUAUUUUCAUUUGAAGCCAUCAUCACGGGAAUGCUUUUGUUUUUGUGCUCUCUAUCCUGAAGAUUUUCGAAUCUCAAAGGAACAGCUAAUUCAUCUUUGGAUGGCCAACGGACUAACUAAAUCCAAAGGGCAUUUGGAGGUUGAAGAUGUUGGUAACCAGCAAUGGGAGGAGCUCCUCCAGAGAUCAUUUUUUCAAGAAGUAUCGACUGACAAGUAUGGAAACACCACCUUCAAGAUCCAUGACUUAUUUCUUGAUCUUGCCCACUCCAUAGUGGGAGAAGAGUAUAAAGCUUAUGAUGAGUCUGCAAGCUUGACCAAUUUGUCAAGAAGGGUCCACCAUGUAAGUUACUCUGGCUUGCCUGAGUUAAAUCAGCAUACCUUGAAGAAUAUUGAGUCCUUGAGGACUUUUAUUGAUCUUGAUCCAACAAUUAGCAAUCUCUUCGCUGGAUCUCCAGCAUUGGUUUUGCGUAAAGUGCAGUUAUGUAAUUCUCUCCGAGCUUUGCGUACAAGAUCUUCUGAACUCUCAGCACUGAAAAGUUUAACACAUUUGAGGUACUUGAAUAUUUACAAUAGUUACAUUACAAAGUUGCCAAAAUGUGUUUCUAGGCUGCAGAAAUUGCAAAUUCUAAAGCUAGAACAUUGCUAUUUACUUACUUGUCUGUCCAAACACAUAUUGAAGCUGAAGGAUCUCAGGCAUCUCUUAAUUGAUGGAUGUCCGUCAUUAAUAGAAAUGCCUCCAAAAAUGGGGGAGUUGAAACAACUGAAAACACUGAAUAUUUUUAUUGUGGAUUCAAAAGCCAAACAUGGCUUAGCAGAGUUACAUGAUUUACAGCUUGGUGGUAGACUACAGAUUAAAGGUCUCGAGAAUGUCCAGAGCGAAGAUGAUGCUACAGAGGCUAAUUUGAUGAGUAAGAAGGAGCUGAGUUAUUUAUAUUUGUCUUGGAAUUCUGAUUCUAAUUCUAAUUCAUUAUGCAUUAGUCCGGAGAGAGUACUUGAAGCCCUUGAGCCUCCCCCUAAUCUCAAGAAUUUAGGGAUUAAUGGUUAUAGGGGAUCACAAUUCCCUGGUUGGGUGAGAAAUACUAACAUCUUUUCAAGCUUAGUUAAUGUUAUACUCUUUGACUGCAACAACUGUGAGCAGAUUCCUCCACUUGGUAAAUUACGACAUUUAGAAAGUCUUUAUGUAUGUGGUAUGAAAGAUGUGAAGUACAUUGAUGAAGACUCGUAUGAUGGAGUGGAGGAGAAGGUGGCCUUUAAGUCCCUAAAGGAGCUAACUUUGAUAGACUUGCCAAAGUUAGAGAGGAUUUUAAGGGACGAAGGAGUAGAGAUGCUCCCACUUGUUUCCAAAUUAACCAUUCCAUGCAGCCCCAAUUUGAAGUUACCAAUCCUUCAAUCCGUGGAGGUACUUGAAAUUAAAGGAUUGAAAUCUGACAAUGAAGACAUGGCUUCCUUUCCGGAAGAAAUCUUUCUGAGUAUGCGUUAUGUUAAACAGCUCACGAUUAGUAGCUUUCGCAAACUGAAGGUUUUACCUCAAGAACUGGGCACCCUUAGCUCACUCCAGAAACUGCAUAUUCAUGAUUGUGUUGAGCUUGAGUCCUUGGCAGAGAAUGUUUUUCAAGGCUUGAGUUCUCUUCGAAGAUUGAUCAUUUCCGAUUGUCAAAGACUAAAAUCCUUGUCUAGUGUUGUGGAACACCUAACUUGUCUCGAGUCCCUUCGUAUCUUGUUUUGCCCAGAAUUGACGACUCUGCCAACUAACAUGAAUAAGCUAACUGCCCUCCAUCAUGUUUUUAUCGAGGGUAGAGUACCAGAAGGUCUUCAAUGUAUCCCAUCCCUCAAAUCUCUGACGCUACUUGUAGUCGAUUCAUUGCCAGAGUGGUUGGGAGAUAUGACUUCUCUGGAAAGCUUAUACAUUGGUCGCUCUCCAAGGAUAAGGUCACUUCCAAGUAGCUUUCGAAACCUGACAAACUUGCGUUCCCUCACAAUUGAGAAAUGUGCUGGGCUGGAGCAGCGAUGCCAGAGAGAGACAGGGCAAGAUUGGCCAAACAUUGCUCACGUUCCACACGUUCAGUUGAUUCCCACGCUUAACGUGUCCCAAGUUCCAUGA